UUUCUCCCGCGUCCUUCAAGACCACAGCACUUGAACUCUUCACAGCAUCUCUCGACCCCACCAUCCAUCUCCUCUAGAUCGCACAUUUCACGAUGAAGUUCAGCAUUUCGGCAGCUCUCUUGCUCGUGGCCAGCACAGCCAUUACCCUUGCACCUAGAGCCGUCGCCGAGCUCUCAAAGGUCUCCAGCCCUUCCGAACUCGUUGAGCGCGCUGGUGGUGCGCCCGAUGUGAUCAACGUCAACAUCAAGAACCUCGAACCUGAGGAUCGCGUUUACGACGUGACUCGUCGUGUCUACUACCAAUCCAACCUUUACAAGGGAAGAAUCGCAGCGCAAACGAAGGAUGGCGCCAAGUUUAACGUCGAGAUCCCGGGCGUGUCCUCGAGCGGCAACGGUGCCCAACAGAUGGCCGGUCUGAGCUUGGACAGUCGCAAGGAUGCAAAAGCGCUUUACGCCGUCGCAAAGGAUGCUGGUGCUUUCCGAUUCGAUGGUAGCCAAAGCAAGACCGGUCCUUGCUCUUUCCACAAAUUCAAUCUGCCCGUCGACGCCAGCUCCAAGCCCGCUUGGAGCGUGUACUUCGACGAUGUUCAAAAGCAAUUCCAAGCUCAGAACGGUGUCCGUCCAUUCGGCAACGUCGCUUCGGCUCAGGGCACCGACGGAAGCUCUUACGUCAUCUUUGCUCUCGGUGCCCCAGCCAUCGCAAAGGUGUCCGCGGAUGGCAAGACCGUCACCCCAUGGUACUACGAGGCUCCCAACGGCAGCCAGCGACCUGGCUUCACUGGCGUUACCUACGUUCCGGAGGGCAACCUCAUCGUCGCCUUUGGUGGUCCCCGUCCUCUCACUGCCUUCAAGCUGGACGGCAACCCUGCCAAGGGAGCCCCAAUCUUCACCCGCAUCAACGGCAACUUUGGCAGCUUGGACGGAACGGAGAAGAUCAAGACCUUCCCUUCGCUGAACGGCUCUGGCUCUCGCCUCGUCGGGGCCAAGACGCCCAACGUGUACGCCUUCACCUCGACGGACAACUACGCCUCGGCAUCCUUCAAGACCUUCUCUCGUCCUGAGAUUGCCUCUUCCGAGUACGGUCUCACCAGCAUCACAGAGGGCAUCUACGGUGGCAUCAGGAACCUGUAUGCGUCCGGUGCAUACUUUGGAAACGGUGCAAAGGGCGGAAGAACCAACUUUCCCAUGUACCACCUUGACGAUGCCAUCCUCAACUAGAUGCGCCCCCUCUCCCCAACAUUGCGCGCAAUUGGCUGGUCACCAUUGGAGCAGUCCCUGGCAUAGCCCACAAAUGCAACAACCCCUUCGUCAUUCAUCUUUCUCCUCGAGAAGCACAGCGCGUACCUCUACUUCGAGGUACAGAGCCCGUGUAUCCUCUUCGAUCAGACGGACUUUUUGUACAUAGCGCUCCCACGCAUACAUACUCUUUCCCUUCACAAAUGGAUUGUCGUCUCGUCCUGAAUGAGCCCAGUCUACACGCGCCGUGACUUGAAACCUACACGGCAAAGAUCAGCGAGCCAGCAAGCG